ACCCUCUAUACCGCGCGCACAACCGACAUGCGUCUCUCCUUUGCACUUCCUGCUCUUAUUCCCGCUGCUUCUGCGGCAAUUUUCCAGGUCAAAGUUGGUGCCAAUAAUAUGCUCGCGUUUGACCCCCCAAGUGUCACGGCCGCAGCAGGCGAUACUAUUGCCUUCGUGUUCCAGAGUAAGAACCACACGGUAACGCAAUCGACGUUCGCCGAUCCUUGUUCAGUCAUGACGACACCCAAACUGGGCUUAAGCUCUGGGUUUCAGGCUGUUCUUGCGAACGCCAUCCAGUUCCCUUCCUGGAGCUUCACAUUGGAAGAUGACAGAACCCCCCUGUGGUUCUACUGCGCUCAAGAUACUCCGGUGAACCACUGUCAUGCGGGCAUGGUGUUUGCUGUCAACCCAACAGCCGACAAGACCUUUGGUGCAUUCCUGGCGGCUGCGAAAGCUUCGGCUACGGGAGCACGAGCAGCACGCCGAGCACCACCUUCUGGUUCGACGCCCCCUGGCUCGCCGCCCCCUGGCUCACCUCCCCCUGGCUCACCUCCCCCUGGCCCACCCCCUGGCUCGCCACCCCCUGGCCCCCCACCUGGCUCGCCUCCCCCUGGCUCACCACCCCCUGGCUCACCACCUCCCGGGUCACCACCCCCCGGGUCACCACCCCCUGGCUCACCACCCCCCGGGUCACCACCCUCUGGAUCACCACCCUCCCGUUCACCACCCUCUGGAACACCCUCUGGAGCAGCCGGAGCGUCACCCUCUAGAGCACCCUCUGAAGGACCAUCUGAAGCAACACCCUCUCGAACAGCACCCUCCGUGGCACCCUCUCAAGUAGCACCCUCUGGCACAGUACCCUCCGGCACUCCCGGUGAGGUGUUUGGCACAGGCUUUCCGAGUGGCGCAGUUGACCCACCUACCCUCACGGGCUCAGCUGCUGUCGCGAGCAGCACAGCGCAGGGAAAUGGUGCGCCUCGGAUGGGUGGCAGCUUCGCGAACGUCUUUGCUGCCGUUGGUCUUCUCGUUGGCUUGACGUUGUAGAGUUAGUUGAGCUCUUCCUUGAGGAUUGUGUGUAAUAAAUGCAGUACAUAUUGGAAAGACUCGAUAUUUUACUUCUGUUGACCUGUAAUAAAACAGUGACAAAGUUG